AUGGUAACAACUCGGUUUGCUUCAAGAAAGUUACUUUCACUAAACAAACAUUUAAAUUCCCCAAACCAACAAUUUAUUAAAUGGGAGAAGGUUCUCUACAAACACCAACCAUUUCCAGAUAAUUACACAGAUGACACAUUAUUUCUUGAUCAGUUACGCACAAAUGGUUAAUUUUAAAAUUUUAAAUUUAAAUAAAUAUUCAAGUUAAUGUUGUUAAAUAUUCAAUUGUUGAAUCGAUACGUGGUGGUGCAAUAGUUAUGUCACAAGUUGAUUUGGUGGUUAUUUAUUUGGGCAAGUUUUUUCUUAUUUUUGCAUUUGACACUUGAAUUUUUCAGUUAUUUUCGAAUUUUGUCGAUUAGAGUUUUGUGGGAGUAAAACAAUUUUGUUGAUCAAUUUAACCAUUUGUCUAAUUCUUUUGUCUCUCGUAACCUUCUAUAAAUGUUUUUACAUUAAUUUAAAAAAUCACUGGCAAACAUUAUUUACUAUUUUUACUUUUGGUUAUGCAUUUACUCCCGUAAUUAGAACUUUAACCACAACAAUCAGUACUGACACCAUUUGGGCUAGUGCAAUUAUUCUUUUCUUUGUUAGCCUUUUUGUACACGAUUAUGGAAUGGAAUUUGCACCAAUGCGAGUUUUUUUAAAUUAAAGAAUCCAAAAAAAGUCUUCAGUGUCUCAACUGCUUUGUCUGUUAAUAUUUGUUUGUCAGCAUCUGUUUUCUUAAUUUCUCGAGUUAACUGCGAUCUACUUGCUUUCCUUUUGUUGGGACUAUCUCUUUUACUAUUUUGUUUUUGGCCACAACUUAGA